UAAUAUUAUUUUUAGAGAGAAAUUUGUUAAAUAAAUCUAAAUAAUUAUGGAGAGACCUAAGAGAACUGACACUGAAGAUGAUGUUUUGGAAAUGCAAAACAAAUUUCUUUCUUUAAAAUCGAAAGGCACAGCUUUUAAACCGGCUGCACAAGUUGUGAAAAUGGGCAAAGAAAAAAAGCAGUCAAUAUUUUCUCAAAAGAGGAAGAAAAGUGAACAUACCGAUGAUAAUAAGGCCUAUAAUUAUGAACCGGUUCCGAAGAACAUUUCACUUGGUGAAGUGGUUGAAAAAAAUGAUCCUUCAUUAUCAAAGAAAAAUAACUGGAUCAUAGGCAAUAUAAUUGAAAAACCAUCAGUUCAACCGAUGGAUUUCGAAGACUGCUAUCAAACAGAUAGUGCUUUUCCUGAAAUUGAAAAGUUAGAGUCUUAUGAUAUGCCGAUAGUGCCCGGAAAAAGUUUGUUUUUACUUUCAAUGGAAAAGAAAAAUAACCCAGAAAAAUCUUUUUUGGCACAGGCCUGUAAAGAUACGAAAGUUCAAGGUAAUAUAUUCGGCGAUAAGAGCAACAUUGUAAAAGAUCAAGAAACGGGAAUGUCGGUACAUGAAGAGAAUGUAAAUAUUUUAAGUAAAAUGUCCGAAGAAGAAAUACGUGAGGAAAGAGAGAAUCUCCUAAAGUGCAUUGAUUCAAAUGUUUUGGAAUUUAUUAAAUCACAAAAGCGAAAAUUAAAUCCAGAUGCCAAUGCAUGUGUAGAAGCUGUAAAAGCUGUAAUAAAAAAUAGCAAACAAUCUUUUGAUACUGUUUCUGGUGACUCUUCUUUCGAUAAGCAAACGAAUACUAAAACCAAUAACAUUUCUGAAAUCGAAAUCGAUAAUAUUUCAAACUUUGUAGAAGAAAUACCCACUGUUAUGGACAUACUUAAAGCCAGCGAAUCUGAAAAUUGGGUUAAUUUUAAUAUAAUUGAGAAAGAAAAAUUUGAAUGGAUGAAAAAUAUUCCUGAUAUGAUAAAUAAUAUAAAACCAGCUGAUCCUUUUGAAGCUAGAUUUGAUUGGAAAGGUGUUCUUUUACCUUAUUUAGAAAAAGAUAAUAAUAAAGAUGACCGCGAUUUGUAUAUGCACGGUAAUGAGUCUUUUAGGCCUGGCUAUACUUUGCAAGAACUGUUUAGACUAGCAAGGUCCAAUAUCAUUCAACAAAAAUGUUCAGCAUUUGGAUCUAUUUACGGAAUAUUGAAUUUCUAUAAUCAAGGGUUUUAUGAUAACGUACUAGAAUUGCCAUUGACAAAAAUUUUUUUUUUGCUUCGGUAUGGAGCGGAUGAAAAUACAGUUUCAUUGUUAGAAAUUGUAUAUAAGGGGCUUAGUACAUUAUUCUAUAAUGAAACAGACGAAACUGUUUUAGAUUUUAUUUUUGAAACAUCAGAGGGAUUCUUACAACCAAUUAUUGAAAAUAAUAAAAAAACUGGCACAGAUGAUAGCGAGGGCGUUGAAACUGAUUUGAAAAAUAUGACGUUAUCCAAAACUCCAUUUUGUGCAAAAUUAAAUGAAGAGCAAAAUGAAAGUAAAGCUUCCAUGACGGAUUUUGAAUUAGCGGAAAAUGAUAUGAUUGAUUGCCUUUUACGUACAAACAUUAUUCAAAGAAUAUAUUACAUUUUGAAAACUAUAAGACCAGAGAACAGCACUACUAUUUCCUGCUUUAAAAUAUUAAUAAGGCUGGCAAGAACAAAUCAAGAUGUUGCGAAAAAAAUUGUUUCCCAUAAGGAACUGGUACAAUUACUAAUAGAAAACUUUAUGCCAAUACUUCAACAACUUGAUGUGCAAAGUGAACCAAAAUUUUAUAAUUAUCCUCAACAUUUAGUUCUUAAACUGAUCCGAAUUAUAAUUUCCCAACAUAUUUCUUUAUGUAUAAAUCUGGAAUCAUUAGAUUUGAUCAAUAAAAUCAAAAGUUAUUUAUAUACUAGAGACGAUAUAAAGGGUCCAAUUAUAAAAGUGCAGACAGAAAGUUUAAGAAUUAUUCGUGUUAUAAUGAAUAUUAAGCCUGAUAAAGAUUUUUACAAAUCGUUAUUGCCAGCUUUUCGUUACAUGUUAGAGUGGCAUUAUCAGCAUGCACAGUAUGAGGCUGAAGGACCGUUUCUAAUUAGACAGCAUGCGUCGGCAUUACUAGCUGCUGUUAUGAGUAGGCCAUCAUAUGAAGCAAAGGAUAGCUUAACAGAUAUUAUCGUUAUGUGUUGUUCAAAAUGGUUUUACACCGCUAAGCAAAGUGGCAUUAAAGACUUUUCCCAAUCAAAUCUUCUAUCAUCAUGCAUUAGUUGUGUAAAUUGGUAUUUGAAAUAUAAUGACAAAGGCUUUGAUGAAUUUAUUGAAAAAUAUUUAAAACCUUUCAUUUGUUCAAAAACUUUUAUUGAAUUCCAAGGAACUUUAGAGCAUUCGUCAAUUGUUUUGAAAUAUAAUUCGAUUGAUCGUCGAAAUGUACAUCCACCGCUUCCUAAUUUUGGGACAGUUUUAAUACACUCUAGUGGUCCACAGUUAAUUAUAUCGCAAUGUUAUCCAAUAUAUUUUUUAAGCAAUUUAUUUAAUUUAACUGAAACAUUGUUUAAAAAGAGAAAUAAUGUUAUUAUGCUAAAUUUACUACAAGUUGAUAUUAUUCAAAUUUUUGUAAAUUAUUUGAAAAAGAUUUCAUCUAAAGUUAAUAAAAAAUUAGCAACGAAUUUCAUUACAAAGAGUGAAAUUACAUUAAUCUACAAAUUGAUAUGCUUUGAAGGAUUUCACGAAUUUCUUGAUAAAACGGAAUUACUACAAGCAUCAUUUAAUUUAAUUAGUUGUAUGUCUGUGGAACAUAUAACUGAAAUUGAAACACUAUUCAAUUUAUUCAUUUUUAAUAGCAAAUAUUUAAAUUUUGAAAAUAGAUCCUUAGAAAAUUGGAAACAAGUUUAUUUAGAAACUUUUAUUUAUCCGCACAGUAUCAUAAUUUCGCCAACUGAUAUAUCGUUAUGUUUACCAUGUUUUCCUGAGCCAAUUUUACCAUGCGACUGGCCAUAUAUGCUACUUAAAAGUUUAUUGAACAAAUAUUUACAAAAUCCUCUUACGGAAGUCGUGGAAAAAGAAUCAGAAUUUCCUGAAAGUGAGAUAGUGAGAAUUACUUUAACAUUUACGAAUGUACUGGAGAAAAAUGGAGUGAAAAUUAUUUCUCCGACAGAAAAAUUAAUGUAUCUUAUGAUAGCGUUUAUGGGUAAGGAUUCUAUAUUUUUGGAACCCGAUAUGAAAUCACAAUUGAAAGAUUAUAUAAAUGAUUUUUUCAAAAUGAAUUUGCAUACAAAUUUCAAUUUUGGUGGAACAUUUGAAGGUAAAAGCAAAUUUGAAAAUUUAUAUGUGCUAUUCUUAGAUCAUUUUCAAGCGGCAAGCUAUGGUGAUGAUUUAUUUAGUUCAUUAGUAAUGAUUCCGUUGGCACAAAAGUAUGAUAAUAAAUGGAGAAAAAUGGUUUGGUCUGAACAUGCAUCUGUUCUAAGAUUUUUGAAUUGUAAAGAAGAUCAACUUUUGGGAUCGUUACAAGCUUAUUUAGAACCGGAGGAAUCUGAUAUUUCUUUGAUUAAAUGUUAUUCAAGAGCCUUGAAUUCAGACUUAUUGCGUGAAAAUACAAUUCCACAUAAAAUAGCAACACACCAUUUUCUUCAUUACAAGAAUAAGAAAGGUUUAAUUACAUAGUUUUGAAUUUCAUUGUUAUAUUUUAUAUUGAUAUUUUU